AUGAGCGUACCCACGGAUAAUGCUACAUCCGGCGCUGAACAAGAAGGCCAAUCAGAUAAAGUAGUACUUUUACUUAAGGCUACUGGAAAUGCACCAGUUAUGAAAAAAAUGAAAUGGUCUGUUAGCAGGAAGCAGAAAAUACAUUGGGUAGUGGAUUUUAUAAGGAAGUAUAUAUCAUGUGCCCCCUCGGAAUCUCUAUUCCUGUAUGUGAAUCAAUGCUUCGCCCCAGCAAUGGACUCUGAAAUUGGCCCAUUAUUUGAUUGUUUCAGUGUUGAAGGGAAAUUAAUUUUGCAUUACUGUAAAACUCAAGCAUGGGGUUAA